GCCAAACAGUAUGGCUUACUAUGCUAAGUUAUAUAUAGAAAUUCAGGGACCAUCAGACCUUCCACCUCUACAACAAGCUCCUUGUGACAAUUAACGUCCAUCUAUAAAUUGAUCUUCUUGGCGCUUGUUCUGGGUUGAAGCUCGUGGAUAAUGGAAACAUUCCCCUGGCAAUGUCUCUGGGGCGACUCCUUCGACGAGCCUCCUCAAAAGCCUCUGACCUCCUGACCCUCAACCCCAGUGGCAGCAGUGGCCCUCCCUCCACACUGGAUGGGGAGAUCAUCUACUCGAAGAACAAUGUCUGUGUCCACCCCCUGCAGGUUCUGCAGGGCCUUGGGGAGCAUCACCCAGGUUAUUUGUGCUUGUACAUGGAAAAGGAUGAACUUCUGGGGACCACGCUCAUCCUCGCUUGGGUCCCUAACUCCAGGAUCCAGAGGCAAGAUGAAGAGGCCCUGCGCUACAUUACCCCUGAAAGCUCCCCUGUGCGCAAGGCUCCCAGCAAACGAAGCCGUCGUGUUCAGGGCUCUGGAGAGCCUCAUCAUCCCUCCCCCAAGGAACAAAAAUACCCUCUGACCCCUAAGGAUGAGGACAUCUUAGUGGUGGCCCAGAGUUUCCAAGAUACCGUCCACAUAAGCUCCUCAUUAGAAGAUGGGGAAAAGCUAUCCCAAGGCUUGGGGACAGAUAGUCCUAUCCAAGCUACCCAGCCUGUCCAUAGUGACUCAGGAAUCUUAUCUACUAUCAGUUCUCAGGAUGAGCCAAAUAGGUCUGAAUUGUCAGUGGAUGGUACAGAGGAGGGACCGGAGUUGAGGCCAGAGCCCGGAGAAGAGGAAGGCUCCUUAGAGCUCUCUGCUGAUGAUGUGAGCAGGGACAGUACUUUUGAUUCUGAUUCUGUUGCCUUUUCUUCACCCUUCUGCCUCUCACCAAUAAGUGAAGCCCUUGCAGAGAGCAGCAGUUCUGUUUUUCUGGAUGAUGAAAAUAGAGAGACAUGUGACAAUCACAUGACAUGUUCCACCAGCUCCACCUCCAGCCUUGACACCAACCUCCAGUUCCCUGAGAACAGCGGCCAACUGCAGAUCUCCAAAUGGGAUGAGCAGCAAAAGGUGUUUGCCCUGAAACAGAUCUAUGGGGUGUUUCGGGUUGACUUGGGACAGAUGAGGUCUCUCCGCCUUUUCUUUAGUGAUGAGGCCUGUACCAGUGGGCAGCUGGUUGUUGCUAGCCGAGAAAGUCAGUACAAGAUCUUCCAUUUUCACCACGGUGGCCUGGAUAAACUGUCAGAAGUUUUUCAGCAAUGGAAACACUGUGCUGAGACUCAUCUCAAAGACCAGGUCUCCAAUGAAAAGACUUGUAUGCAGUUCUCCAUCCGAUGUCCCAAGCUUCCUUCUUCAGAGACCCACCCAGAGGAAAAUAUGUACAAAAAGCUGGAUGUCUCCACCUGGCUUAACCACUUGAAUGAGUCUGGGCAGGUGGAAGAGGAAUAUAAGCUACGUAAGGCCAUUUUCUUCGGCGGCAUUGAUGUGUCGAUCCGGGGCGAGGUCUGGCCCUUCCUGCUGCGCUAUUACAGCCAUGAGUCCACAUCAGAGGAACGAGAGGCACUGAGGGCGCAGAAGAGGAGGGAAUACUCAGAGAUCCAGCAGAAAAGGCUUUCAAUGACUCCAGAAGAACAGAGAGAAUUCUGGCGCCACGUGCAGUUCACUGUUGACAAAGAUGUGGUUCGAACAGACUGGAGCAAUCAGUUCUUCCGAGGAGAGGACAACCCAAAUGUGGAGAGCAUGAGGAGAAUUUUGCUGAACUAUGCGGUAUACAAUCCAACCAUUGGAUACUCCCAGGGCAUGUCAGACCUGGUGGCUCCCAUCCUGGCUGAGGUUCUAGAUGAAUCCGAUACCUUCUGGUGCUUUGUAGGUUUGAUGCAGAACACGAUCUUUGUCAGUUCUCCCCAAGAUGAGGAUAUGGAGAAACAGCUGCUAUACCUUCGUGAGCUGCUUCGCCUGACCCACCUACAUUUUUACCAGCACCUUGUUUCUUUGGGGGAGGAUGGCCUACAGAUGCUUUUCUGCUACCGCUGGAUCCUUCUGUGUUUUAAGCGAGAGUUUCCGGAUGCAGAGGCACUGCGCAUGUGGGAAGCAUGCUGGGCCCAUUACCAGACAGACUACUUCCAUCUCUUCAUCUGUGUGGCCAUUGUGGUGAUCUAUGGUGAUGAUGUCAUUGAACAACAGCUGGCCACUGACCAGAUGCUUCUGCACUUUGGAAACCUGGCCAUGCACAUGAACGGGGAACUUGUACUCAGGAAGGCGAGGAGUUUGCUGUAUCAGUUCCGCCUUUUGCCCCGGAUCCCAUGUAGUCUACAUGACCUCUGUAAACUCUGUGGGACAGGCAUGUGGGAGGCUGUGGAAUGUACUGGGCACCAUCCUGAAUCUGAGAGUUGUCUAUAUGGUGGGACAGUGGAGGCACCUUCUCCAAAAUCUGCCAUCGAAGGCAAGAAGGGCCCAAAGACACGAGAGGUCUUCAACUUCCGCAAAUAGGGCCAGUUUCUAGAGCUGGAGAGGGGUUGGAGGGAAUGUUUCCAGGGGAACUGUCUAAAAAGGGCAUCAGGAUUAGA